UCCCUAGUAUUUUUUUUAUGACAAGCAGGUAGUCAGAUUUUAACAACAAGGAAGUGGCCAACAGUGACAAGUUAACCGACUGCUGAUGAUGGCACCGAUUGGGCUAAAAACAAUCGUAGGCGAAAAAAUCCUAAAUGGUGUCAUCAAGAGUGUAAGAAAGGAUGGAGAGUGGAAGGUUCUUAUCGUGGACCACAUGAGCAUGCGGAUUCUGUCAUCUUGUUGCAAGAUGUCAGACAUUCUGGCAGAAGGGGUCACUAUUGUGGAGGACCUCAAUAAAAGCAGGGAACCCAUCUCCUGCCUGGAAGCCAUAUAUUUGAUCUCACCGGUGGAGAAGUCUGUUCGGGCUCUCAUUAACGACUUCAAGGACUCCGGCUUCACUUACAAAGCAGCCCACGUCUUCUUCACAGACACUUGCCCUGAUAAUCUUUUCAACGAAAUUGCAAAAUCGAGAGUCUCCAAAUCCACCAAGACGUUAAAAGAGAUUAACGUCGCUUUCUUGCCGUAUGAGUCUCAGGUGUUCUCCCUGGACCACCAAACCUCCUUCCACUCCUUCUACAGCCCCAAAUCCAACAAAGAGACCCAAGACAAAAUGAUCGAGAGUCUCGCCGAGCAGAUCGCUACCUUAUGCGACACGCUCAAGGAGUACCCCGCCAUCCGAUAUCGCAACGGAGCGGACAGCACCGCCAAACUGGCCGAAGAGGUCUACCAGCAUCUGAAUGCUCACAAAGCGGACAACCCAAGCAUGGGAGAGGGGGUAAACAAGGGGCGCUCGCAGCUCAUUAUCGUGGACCGUGGCUUCGAUCCCAUCUCGCCUCUCCUGCACGAGCUGACCUUCCAAGCUAUGGCCUACGAUUUGCUGGACAUCGAAAAGGACAUAUACACUUAUCAGACGACCGGCAUUGGGAAUGCCAAAGAGAGAGAAGUGUUGCUGGAUGAAGACGAUGACCUCUGGGUUCAACUCCGACAUCUGCACAUUGCCGAUGUCUCGACGAAAGUGACGGAGCUGCUGAACACGUUUUGUGAAAGCAAGAGAAUGUGCACUGACAAUGCAAACAUCAAAGAUCUCUCGCAGAUGUUAAAGAAGAUGCCACAGUAUCAGAAGGAGUUGAGUAUGUACUCCACGCACCUGCACUUGGCCGAAGCUUGUAUGAAGAAAUUCAAGGCGUCCCUUGAUAAGCUCUGCGAAGUGGAACAGGACUUGGUGAUGGGCGCUAAUGCAGAGGGGGAGCCUCUGAAAGACGCCAUGAAGAGCAUCGUGCCCGUACUGCUUGACAACGACGUUUCAGCCUACAACAAGAUCCGCAUCAUCCUGCUCUUCAUAUUCCACAAGAAAAAAGGCAUUGGUGAGGAGAACCUGGAGAAACUCAUCCAGCAUGCCAACGUGACGGCCGACAGAAACAUCAUCACCAACUUCCAGAACCUGGGUUGUAACAUCAUCGCUGGGGGAGUCAAUGCCGGUGUGACUCUGCCCGAUCGCAAACAGCGCGCCGACAGCACGUACCAGCUCUCCAGAUGGACGCCCAUCCUCAAGGACGUCAUGGAGAACGCCAUCGAAGACAAGCUGGACAAGCGCAACUGGCCCUUCAUUUCGGACCCCGCCCCCAUCAGUACCACUCAUACGGCUGUCAGUGCUCGUCUGGGCCAGUGGCACAACAACAGACCUCCAACAGAGUAUCACACCGGACCCAGGGUCAUUAUUUUUGUCAUCGGCGGGGUGACCCACUCGGAGAUGCGCGCCGCUUACGAAGUCACCCGAGCCAAUGCCGGCAAAUGGGAGGUUGUGAUUGGCUCCUCUCACAUCCUUACUCCAACCGUCUUCCUCAACGACCUCAAGAGUCUCGACCAGGUUCCUAAUCCGGAUUGCGAAAACAACGCGGAUCCCAACAGUGGGCGGCUACAAUGAAGGAAAAACCUUUCCUUUCUUUUGAUUGGCUCCGGGUUUUAAAUAAGUACGUCACAUGAAGAUCACUUUUUUUUCUUUCUUAGUAUUGUUGAUAUAGUUUGCUCUGCAAUUAGUUGUGUGCUCAUAUAAAAGUAUUUUAAUGCCUCAUCAGCCCGUCAAUGACAUCACUGUAUGAACCUUUGAAGGUACCUUAAAUGAAACCCCCAACUCACUUUAUUCAGGUAAAUCUAAUGGCAACUGCUGUCUUUGAUAUCCUUGCACAUGAUUUAAUUCUAAUGCUGGAAUGUAGUGUGUCUUUGUCAUGUAUAAAAGAAGUAAUAAAAGAAACAAUAUUUACUGUG